AUGAGUUUAGGCUCAGAUGCUUAAUAGACAGGUUUAGUGGCAUGCGUUAUAGCAAGUUAGUCAGAUUUUAUUUCUCUUAGCUCAGUCAUAAAAUACUUACAAACUAAUGAAUUCGACUCAGACAAAAAAGGAAGUUUUUAGACCUUUUUUAUAGAUUAUGAAGGAUGCUCUAUGCAAGAUUAAAUAUAAUAUAUAUAAAUUAAACCACCUCACUUAAAUAAUUCUUACAUGUUUUAAAUUCUUAAUUUAUCAUAAAGCUAUUAAGUAUUUUAGGUUGAGAUUGAUAUUUUCUUUUAAAGCAAUUCUAUUUGUUUAGACCAAUGCUCUAUCGAUAAAUAUUAGAACUCCUAAAAUACUUGCCAUGAAUCUCUUUGCCAAUGCUCUGAUAAUUAUAUUGGCCAAAGAUGCCAAGUUCAUGUUAAUAAAUUUUCUGAUGGAGAAUAAAAUAUUUAAGUUGAAGUAAAAGGAUUUUCUUGGGUUUUUUAUGAAUUAGAUUUAUUGAAAAUUCAAAAUGAAUAUACUCUCACAGUAAAUGAUCUGAAUCAGUAAAUAAAAUACUCUAUUAUUGAAUCUGGAUUAUCAAGUUAUUAAGUUCCUAGCCUUUACUAAGGCAUCAAUGUUAUUGAUUAAGCAGGAAGCUAUAGGUUGUAAAAUGAUAUAAUAUAAGACUAUUAAGCAUUUGCAUCAAUCAAUAAAAGUCAAUAAUUGUCUUUCCUUAUUUCUUUUUAUAACCCAAGUAAUCAGACCUUAAUGUUUUCCUUUUAAUUUAGCUCAUAACUAAAUUAGGAUGAUAGUAGUGAUGAAAAAGUAAAAACGAGAAACAUAAUUGUGAUUGUAGUUUGUUUAAUUGCGAGUGCAGUAUCUAUACCAAUAAUAUACAGAGUUGUAAACAAUUUUUAUGCAUCAAAAUAAGAUAUAAUUAUACCUUCGUAGCCUGCUCCUGUUUCUCCUUAUAAUAUCCACUUAGUCUAAGCAUAACUGCAAAAGAAAAAUGGGAGUUUAAGUAAAGAACUAAUUGAAAAAUUCAUGCCAGCUGUUUUCUAUGCAGAUCUUUUAACAAAAUAUCAAAAUUUGAAAGAAUUCAGCGAAUGUAUGAUUUGUUUGACUGACUUCGAAGAAAGCAACCUAUGUAGAAUGACUGUAUGCUAUCAUUUAUUUCAUAAGAAUUGUUUGGAAAGCUGGUUAGAGCUACAAGAUAGCUGCCCUUUUUGCAGAAAGGAGCUGAAUAAAUAAACUCUAGAAGAAAAUAAACUCUAGUCCUAAGAAAAUCCUUAUAUAAAUAGGAUAGUUUAAUCUUCUAAUAUUCAAAAGACAUUAUCAUAAGAUAAGAAUUAAGAGUAUCCUUCAUUUAAUGAUCUAGGAAAUAGAAAAAAUUCAUAACAGUUUAGUGAAAAAACUAAUUUUACUAGCCAAGAGAAUUCUCAUUUUUUAUCACAAUCACCUUCAUCAGUAUCUAAAAACAAUAAAAUCGAUUACAAUCAAGCAGAUUCAGUUAUUUAAGAUGAAUAGUAAGAUAAUAAUUUUUUUAAUGUCAAAAACUGUAACAAAAGUAGUGAAAAAGAAUAAGAGAAUUGCAGUUUAAGAUAAUCUAGAAUAAAAAUCUCUUUUCUUUAAUAACUAGAGGGAGAUGAAGUAGGUAUAUAAAGCAAUCCAUAAUAACUGAAUACAUUAUUUUGCGAAAAUUUUGAAAAAAUUAAGUAAUAAUAGAACAGAAUAAGUAGGCUUUCAAUAGAUAACGAAGAAAUAAUGAUAGAAGAGCCUAGUAAAUUAAAUGAAGAAGAUAGUUCAUGUAAAGCAUUCUCAAAAAAAAACAAUGAAUUUUAUAUUUAAUAAAACUCUAAUUAGAAUGAAUAAAGUUUAAUAUAAAAAUAAUCAAUUGAAAGUACUUAAUAAUCAACUUUCAAUAAGUAAAUGAGUAUAUAUCAGAUUACUUAGCAAGAUCAUUCCAACCGAAUAUAAAUAAAUAAAAGCUUUAGUUAAUUAAAUAAGUCUGAACAUAUAUAAUAAAUCAAUCAAAAUCAGUAAAGGUUUAUUUAGCAUUCUGCUUAAUUCAAUCCUGUUAAUAAAUAAGCUAAAUAGCUUCUAAAUAGUAAAAGUAAUUUAGAAAUUAGUUAAAGUAAAGAAUCUAAACAUAGCUAAGAUUAGAUUAUAAUUAAAUGA